AUGGCCUCCUCCAUUCCCAGUGAAGCUCCGAAUGACAUUCGGAUCUUGACUCUCAAUUGCUGGGGUCUGAAGUAUCUCGCUAAAUACCGCCAUGAGCGUCUCUCCGAGAUUGGGAGGCAGCUGGCUCUCGCUAGUCCGCCGCCAGAGAUAGUUGGCCUUCAGGAGUGCUGGACACAACAAGACUACGAGAGCAUUCACGCUCAGACACAACACAUCCUGCCAUAUGGGAAGUUCUACUUUGGGGGUAUCUUUGGUGCGGGCUUGGCGAUUUUGUCACGAUGGCCCAUCGAGGAGAGCAGCAUGUACGCCUACACGCUGAAUGGCCGGCCAACAGCUUUCUUCCGUGGAGACUGGUUCGUGGGAAAAGGCGUGGCCUGUGCAAGAGUCAGAUUUGGUCCCGGCGUAUCUGACGUGGCCGAGGUAUUCUGUACACACUUGCAUGCUCCGUACGAGCGUGAGCCGAACGAUUCAUACCUUUGUCACCGCACCGCGCAGGCCUGGGAGAUCUCCAAGCUGAUGCGCGGUGCUGCCGAGCGUGGACACUUGGUUAUCGGACUGGGUGAUUUCAAUAUGCUGCCGUCAUCUUUUGCCCACCGACUCAUCUCCGCUCAAAGUCCAGUCCGCGAUGUCUGGCGCGAGCUGCAUCCAGACUCAUCCGUUGGUGCCGCUAUCGAUGCCGUCGAACGUGCCAGGAACCGGCCCAUCCCAACCGCUGAAUUCAACCUGAUCGAGAACGGCGCCACUUGUGACGGCGCGUACAACACCUGGCGCUGGUCCAAGGCCCUUCGCAAACGCCUCGACAAGGGCGAAGACAUCAGCAUCGAUAAGGACGGCGCUGACCCCCGCGCCAAACGCCUUGACUAUAUCUUCGUCGGCGACGGUGGCUAUCCUCCUGAGUUCCCCACGCCGCGCUGGUCAGUCAAAACCGCCCAAGUCAGCAUGACCCAGCGUCACCCAACCCUCCGCUGCUCCCUGAGCGACCACUUCGCCGUUGAAGCACUCAUUACUCGAGCAUCCACAGCCCCGGCUUCUACAUCCUCGAACAAUGACCCUGUCCCUGAGUCACCGAGCUCUCCAUCCCUGCACAAAACAACCUCAACCCAAGUCUCCCCCAACGCCGCCCUCUCCCCUGAAACAUACGACCACAUUAUCGACAUGAUCCACAAAUACGUGCGUCGAGAACGCUCACAGCGCCGCUGGCGCCUUGCCCAUUUCCUCGUCUCUAUCGCCGUCUCUAUUGGAUGCAUGGUCGGCGUGUGGUGGAUCGGCAGCCGUACCUACAUCGGCUUCAUCCUGAUCUUGGUCAGCACGCUGAACUUCGCAGCUGGAAUCCUGGAUGGUCUCAUCGGCGGACUGUUUGUAUCAAGUGAGCUGCGUGCGUUGAAGGAGUUUGAGUGGGAGGUGAGGAAUGCUCGGGGUUUGGUCCUUGCUGCGGAGCGUGGUACUGCUGGUUCUAGUGCUGUCUCUGAGGUUACCAGGACCGAUUAA